AUGGCUCCCCAAACUGCAGCCUUCACUCUCCGUCAACCAGUGCUGCCCCCGCCCGUGCCGCUGCUUCCUCACCCGCCUGCUCACUACCCACCUCAUCCCGUCCCUCACGCUCCUCCGGGAUCACUUCACUGCCCGCCACCAGUACCUCUCCCGCCUAAUCGUCCGGCGCGCCCUGGGCUCCGCUUGCCGCCGGUCGCAAUGAAGUCGACCGAGCCCGUUGCCGCCUCCCAGCCGACACCGGGCGCCAAGCCAACCCUGAUCUGCGACGGGCACGACACGACAGGCGAGAACAGGAACCGUGACGUCGCUGGAGGUGCGCGUUCUGCCGCCUGUACUCUCCCUAUAGGACCCACGAUGGGUACGAGGGGAAGCACUGUUGGGCCUGAGCCUCGGCGUUAUCUGUCGUCAAACCUUGUCAGAAGGGGAGAUUGUAUGAGUGAAAAGGCAGGAGGCUGUACACCUGGUGUCAUGUAUUCUAACCUCCAAAAGCCCACCAUGUCUGAGGAACUGUACGCCGUUGCUGACUUCUGUCUUAUCCCUAUGGGCACCGAGUCGCCCUCUGUCGGCCCGCAGAUCGCCGAGUGCCAGCGCGUGCUUGAGAAGUCGGGUCUAGAGUACAACUACGUAUUCGCAAUCGAUUAG